AAAACCCUAAAAAUACCAUUGAAAACGUACGUGAAACAAAACCCUAAAAAUAGGAAAGCCCAAUACACAAUAAAUUUAGAAGUGACUUCAAAGAGAAGGGAUUUUGUCUUCGUCAGCCAGCUAUCAUCUUGAUCCUUCCAGAUAUCAUACUUUCAAUAGCCGGAGAUUGAGAUUUGUGUACUAUAUGAGAAGAUGAAGUUUGGAGAGACGUUUACGGAAUAUAUACGUGGAGAAGAGGAGUGGUUUUUAGAAAAAUGUCGUCAUGUUGAAUAUAAGAAACUCAAGAAAGUGCUAAAGAAAUGCAAGACAACAUGUAACACCACAAGAUCUGAUGAUGAACACAUCAACUCAUCGGCUACUUUGUCUGAUACAUGCCAAUGCCAGUCUUGCCCUUGGUGUGAUGAGAUGUUCUUUGAAGAGCUGAUGAAGGAAGUUUCUGACAUAGCAGGAUUCUUUAAGUCAAGAGUUAGGCAUCUUCUACAUAUUCAUGUAGCCACUGGGAUGCAAAGAUACAUGAUGCGUCUACGCAGAUGCUUUAGGGACGAAAAACAAGCUUUAGUCGAAGAGGGCCAAAUCUUGAUCCAAUAUAUAACAAUGAACGCUAUUGCCAUCCGUAAAAUCCUAAAGAAAUAUGACAAGGUGCAUGGCUCAGACAACGGUAAGAAUUUCAAAUUGAAAAUGCGAGCAGAGCGUAUAGAGCUCUUGCACUCACCUUGGCUCAUAGAACUUGGAGCCUUUUAUCUUAACUCUGGGCUUGACAAAGUUGGUAACUUUAAGAACUCUUUUGGCCGAGUCUCAUGUGAAAAUCUCAACGAAGAUCAACCAGUGAUGAAGCUCAUGCUGCCUAACACAACAGAGCUCGAGUUUGAUCUAACUUGCGCAAUCUGCCUGGAAACGGUAUUCAAUCCCUAUGCUUUAAAAUGUGGUCACAUAUUUUGUAAAGCGUGUGCAUGCUCGGCUGCUUCUGUAAUGAUUUUCCAAGGCGUUAAAGCAGCACCACAAUGUUCCAAAUGUCCCAUAUGUAGAGAGGUUGGAGUUUAUGCGGAAGCGGUUCACAUGAUCGAGCUCCACCUUCUGUUAAAGAUACGAUGCAAAGAGUAUUGGAAGGAGAGGAUAGUGGGGGAACGGUCUGAGAUGGUGAAGCAGUCUAAAAUGUUUUGGAACGAACAGACGGUUCAUAUGAUCGGUUACUAGUCAUUUACUUCUUCCAUCAUAACUUAUCCUUUAUAUACUGGUGAACAAAUAAAAACAGCACUAAUUAGGAAUUUUUUCCCUUUGAUAAGACAUAAAUCAAGUUGUGUUUGAUAAAAAAAAAAUCAAGUUGUAUUAGAAUUGUUAUGAUGUUCUGGAUAUGUUAUGAUAAUUUAUUACUAUAAGCUUACAAAACAUGACGUGGUUUUAAAAUAAAAAUUAACAUUAACUGAUGUAUUUUUAAGACAUUGUAUGAAAACAUUUGUUUGCUUAGACUAUAAUUAUAUGAGAGAUGUGUUGAUGAAAAUGAAAUUAUGAAAGAUGAGCGUGUCUUCAAAGUCAAACAAAACAAGAAAAAACAAGAACAGAUGAGGAUUACUCCAUUGAGUAGGGGUGCUAAAUUAUUUAAAUCUAACCAUAUAUAUUUAUGAAAAAUUUACAUAUGAAGACACAUUUUGACUUUAGAAUUACAUCUAAAGACACAUCUUCUUGCAUGUGACACACAUUCUUUAUAUGUUUUGUCUAUUCUACCAUUUUAUUUAGUUGAGGAUAUAUUUUUAUUUUGUUUUAACUAAACAAAGCCAUUUCCACCACGCAUCAUUUGUGUGUUCUCUCUCAUGUCUCCAAUUUUAAAUAAUUAUCAUCCAUAAACUCCAAAAAUCUAUCUCUCUUUCCAAUCUCAUAUUUAUUUUUUCCAGAUUUAUUUCUUUUGAUUUGAUUUUUUAACUGGUUGAUCGUAUUAAAAAUCUGAGACCACCGCUGUAUUCCUCUCGACAAAACAAAGCCGUAGCUUCUGACCACGCCUGAUAUCUUGUGAAUUUACAUGUUUUUAACUUCUUAUUCUUGCAUGGUUUGGUCAUUUGGAGCAUCAUUUAGGCACAUUUAGGUUGCAUAUCAUUGCAUUUGUACAUAUCAGGUGUUGGAGAGCACCAUGGAUGAGUUAGAGGACCAUUGGUGGGAUUUUGAGUGCAAUUGGAGUCCAAAAGAAGUGUUAAAAGUGAUCAUUGAGCGAUCUCCCUAUCAGAGCGACCUCACGCAGCGAGGUAGCGUACCCGCUCCAUAUGUAGAGCGACCUGGUGGAGCGGGGUCUGUAGCUCGCGCGUGUUAUGAAGAAACGAAGCAAAACAUUUGGAGCGGGGUUUGGCAGCGAGGUGGCGUACCCGCUCUGAAGCCAGAGCGUGAAAGAUGAACACGGAUGAAGGCCUUAAAAAUCUCUUCUGAAGCUCAAAAUUUGUGGAGACACUGGAAAUUGAGUUAGCUUUCCAAUAGAAGUGGUUUCAAGUCAUUUGAAGCUGUAUUGGAUAAGUUAUGAUCGAUUUACUAUAGGUGUAUCAAUCCUUGCCGGGGACCACUUGAAAGUUGAUGGGAUUAACCAACUUCCCACUUUCUUCCACCCACCUUUCCUUUGCACGAUUUUUCCUACUUUUCUGUAUAAUAUCUGCUUUCUUUUUAUCAAAAGAGUGGGGAAGAAACAUGAUUAUCCAACUUUGUAAUAAUUUAACUUGUCAAAAACUCUCUCUCUUUGAAAUAUCAUUGUUCUUAGUGUUCUUGAGCUGUUCUUCAAUUGUUCAU